AUCAUCUUUGACUGCGGUGCCGUUUGUGUGUGAUUCUAACCUAAAAAUUUGUCAUGGCUGAUACGGAUCAAGAUGUAACAGAUCGUGGUGAUGGUGAUAAUUUAAAAACCGACAAGUUAUUUACUUUAAAGAAAUGGAAUGCUGUGGCUAUGUGGAGUUGGGACGUCGAAUGUGACACAUGUGCUAUUUGUCGAGUUCAGGUUAUGGACGCGUGCUUACGAUGUCAGGCGGAAAGCAAGAAGGACUUUUACGGACGACAAGACUGCGUAGUCGUGUGGGGCGAGUGUAACCAUUCGUUUCAUUACUGUUGCAUGUCCUUGUGGGUGAAGCAGAACAAUCGUUGUCCAUUAUGCCAACAGGAAUGGUCCAUCCAAAGAAUGGGAAAGUAACGGUGCGGGAUUAGGACACCUACUCUUUCAACAUUCAACAUUUUGUUUUUCUUUUCUUUUUAAAUGAAUACUAUAUUUCUCUUUUUCUUUCGUUCUCUUUUCCUGUAUACCAUCUUUUGUCUAACUUUUAUAUUUCAUUCAACUUAUCAAUAUUACUCCUAUAAAACUUUUGCGUUCAUCACAUUCCUCGACUGUAACUACAUAGAUUUCGCAAGAUAUCAGUAAAAAAAAAGAAGGUUCGCAAAACGAGUUUUCUCUACUUUUCAUAAUUGCCUUGACGAUUUCUCAUGAACGUAUGUUUACGAAAUCUUAAAAAAAAAUACUUCUUGAAAGGCAAUCUCGUAUCUUUAUUUUUUCUGUUAUAUACAUGUUACAAAGUUAUUUUUUCUUGUUUUUCCCUUUUUUUUCUCUUAUUUCUUUCAAUUUAAUAUUUUAUCUAACGUCGAUGUAAAUCACUGCAUUCUGCUCUCCAAUGCGAAGUUAUUAUUUUUUCUUUUUCUUUCCCUUUUAUUUCUUUCAAUUAAAUGUUUUAUCUUACGUUUAUGUAAAUCAAUGUAUUACUUUAAAGUCUCGUAAAAAAAAAUGCAUUGAUAAAAAAUGAAAAAAAAAAAAAAGAAAGAUGUAUUCUGGUGAGUAAAGAUACUUAAAUUAAACUGUUCUAAACUGAUUUUUAUUGUGCUUUCUUUUCAUUGUCGUUUUGUUUAUAAAAGUUGCACAUUAGCAAAUUAAAAGAUGUCACAUCAACGAUACCACAGAUUUAUGGAUUUUUUUUCUUCGAACUUUGUCUAACUCCGAUUGACAUAGUUCGCAUAGUAGUGCUGCACGAUAUAUAAUUCAGCAAAUGAUUAACAAUUACAAAGGAAAUAUUUAAUUAUUAACCACGAUUAACGAUUAUAUUUUUAACACUUUUGCUACGACACCGUCGUCCUCGAGUAUGCUGCCGUGGUCAAAACGCGAACGUCUACUUCAGUGUGCAUCGGAACGUAUACUUUGUCACGGAGCGAACGUAUACUUUACCGCUAACAGACGUAAUAUUUAAUACUUUGUCGCGUCACGUAAUUAUUAGUCUUUAAUUUAAAUUGUCUUCAAGUGAAGUGAAAAAAAUAUAACCAAAGUUGUGAAUCGAUGCAAACUUUUAACAAGUGAUUGAAGUUACCGUGUUAGUUCAUAAAGAUAGUAUAUUCUAUAAUAAUGUGGAUUAUAACGAGCAUACGAGAACGGAUAACUGAAGUCACCCCGUUAUUUCACAUUAGUGAAAUACAACGGGCAUGCGAUGAUGGGUUACUAUAGUCACCGAUGAAAUACAGUGAAUAUACGAUGAUGAAUGACUAUAGUCAUUGUUUUUAACGAAAAGAUUAAUUAGAUGAUACGAUUAAAUUAUUUAUUCUACUAUUGAUUGGAUUAAUGAUUGAUAAUUGAAUUUUUCAUCGUCGUGAAAUGAAUAUUUUUUUCUUAUAUAUUUUUGUUAUAUUCUUAUUAAAAAAUUAAUCAAAACGAUAAGUGAAGUGAAAAUAUGAUUCUAUGGCAUAGUCAGUUAAUGAUUCAGUUAAUGAAAUGUCUACGGAGUAAUUCGUUAGUGUGAAAGUUUCAAUUGUUGACGAACCUCAGCGUAGACACACUGUUAAUCUACGUAGCAGUAUAUUAUGAUCAAUGUACAAGAGUUUCAAUUAUCGAAGAAUCACAGCCUAGACACUUCGUGAAUCUACGAAGCAUUUCGUCAAUAUAUAAAAUUAUAAAAUAUAGGUAAUUCUCGUAUAACGCGAAUAUUACAUUUCAUAAAAAUGCCACGUUAUAUGAGAUUUAUAUCUAAUAAAAACGGGAUUAGAUUCAAAAAAUUCUUUUCUUUUAAUUGUUUCGUUUUUUUUUUUUUUUUUUUUUUUUUUUUUUUUUUU